AUGUCUGCCAACCAGGCUACUUCUGCCGCGGACUUUCAGCAAGUCAUCACCGAGAUCAUCACCAAGAUCCAGCGUUCAGUCAACGCUCAGACCGAUCGUGAUACUGCCGCAUACAGACAAGCGAGAAUCGAACUCUUACAGCAAUUUCAGAGUGAUACAGUGGACUGGACCAAGGAAACUUUUGCUCAGCGGAUCGCCAGUCAACAAUCUUCGAGAAGUCCAUCGUUCAUAACUGCAAACGAGCGUGAAGAGCUCGCUUCGACGAUGCGAAACAACUUGACCAAUUCUGGUAAGAGAGGUUUGCAGCUCUUUCGCGGUGAGGUAGAUUGGUGUUCGUCAGAUAUCAAACAUACUUACACUCAAUAUCAUCCACGAGAUUUCCCAAACGAGGAAUUGACCGGUACGGAUACGUAUAGGACUCAACUUCCCGAUGAAGCGCUGGUGGACUGGUUGUUGAGCAAGGAUGCAGAUAGUUUAAAAAAGCUCGCUGAGGGCUGGUAUGAGGGUUAUCAAAGGAGACUUGGAGAUAAUAGAUCUUGUUUGGGAUAUACGAGGAUGCUUUGA